AUGAGCUUCAAGUUACCAGACACAAAGCCUUCUUUUGGAAUAAAACAACAGCGAGCAAAGGAAGAUUCCGUUUGGAAGGCACUCAGAAAUAACAACACAUCUCCAUUCACAGCGUCAAUUCCAAAUUUUAGAUCAAAAGAUCCACAAUUACCCUUAUAUAAAGAUAAACCUUUGAAUAAUCAAACUUCUAGUUGGGAAAGAAGGAAAAUCAUGUUUUUCAAAGCUUUUAUCCUUGGUUUAGCAUUUUAUACAUGUUAUUAUAUUGGUGGAUUAUUACAAGGUGUUGAAUUUGGUAAUAAUAAUAAUUCUUUAGAUAAUUUAACUUGGAAAGAAAAACAAGAUCAAGUUAGACAAGUGUUCAAAGAAACUUGGAAACAUUAUGAAACAGAUGCUUGGGGUAAAGAUGAAUAUCAUCCAUUAAGUCAUAAAGGUAAAAAUAUGGGUCCUGGUCCAUUAGGUUGGAUUAUUGUUGAUUCAUUAGAUACUAUGCAUCUUAUGGGUUUAGAAGAAGAAUUUAAAACUGCUGAAGCUUGGGUUGCAAAUGAAUUAAAUUAUGAUAUGAAUUAUGAAGUUAAUGUCUUCGAAACAACAAUUAGAAUGCUUGGUGGGUUAUUAUCUGCACAUUAUUUAUCUAAAAAUGAUAUGUUUUUAGAAAAAGCUGUUGAUUUAGGUAAUAGAAUUAUUGGUGCUUUUGAUUCUCCAUCUGGAAUCCCAUAUGCUAGUGUUAAUUUACAUACUAAAAAAGGUGUUAAAAAUCAUGUUGAUAAUGGUGCUUCAUCAACUGCAGAAGUUGCAACUUUACAAUUAGAAUUUAAAUAUUUAUCUAAAUUAACUGGUGAAUCAUUAUAUUGGGAAAAAGUUGAAAAAAUUAUGGAAGUUUUAGAUAAAAAUCAACCAAAAGAUGGUCUAGUACCAAUUUAUGUUCAUCCCGACACUGGGAAAUAUCAAGGUAAAUAUAUUAGAUUAGGUUCAAGAGCUGAUUCUUAUUAUGAAUAUCUUAUCAAACAAUAUUUACAAACUGAUGAACAAGAGCCAAUUUAUAAUACUUUAUUCCAUGAAUCAAAUUAUGGAAUAAAAAAACAUUUAUUACGUCAUUCUAAACCAAGUAAUUUAGUAUUUUUUGGUGAAUUAGAAAGAGGUUUUAAUGGAGGUUUUUCAAAUAAAAUGGAUCAUUUAGUUUGUUUCAUUGGUGGUUCAUUUGCACUUGGUGCUACUGGUGGUGAAGAUAUCUUAACAGCAAGAAAAUCAGGUUCUUGGACACCAUUAAAAGAAGAAGAUUUUACUUUAGGUAAAGAAAUCACUCAUACAUGUUGGAAAACUUAUGAAGGUACUGCAACUGGAUUAUCAUCAGAAAUUGUUGUUUUCAAUGAUGAUGAAGAUUCUACUAAAGAUUUCUAUAUUAAACCAUUGGAUAGACAUAAUUUACAAAGACCUGAAACUGUGGAAAGUUUAUUCAUUUUAUAUAGAAUUACAAAAGAUCCAAUUUAUAGAGAAUGGGGUUGGAAAAUUUUCCAAAGUUUUGUUAAACAUACUAAAACAGCAGAUGGUGCAUUUACUUCAUUAAGUGAUGUUACUACAGUUCCACCAAAAUUAAGAGAUAAUAUGGAAUCAUUUUGGAUAGCUGAAACUUUAAAAUAUUUAUAUUUAUUAUUUGAUGAUGAAAAUUUAAUUCCUUUAACUGAAAAUGUUUUCAAUACUGAAGGUCAUCCAUUCCCAAGAUUUGAUCCAAAUCCUUUAUUUAAAACUGGUUGGAGUAGAGAUGGUUCACAUAAAAAUACAAAUCAACAACAACAAGGAAAACCAAAAGAUCAAAUUCAUCAAGAAGAAAUUGUUAUUGAUGAUAAAAAAGGAAAUUCAAAACAUCAUGAACAACAACCACCAAAAUUAAACAAUGCACCAGUUGCAGCUGAACCUGCUAAACCUGCUUUAGAACAAUUAAAAGAUCUUAAUCAAGAACCAAACCAACAACAAGAAUCUGAUGAUGAAAAGGCUAAAAUUAAAGCAAAAUUAGCUAAAGGUGAAAAUGUUAAUGAAAUUAUUGAAGAAUUAAUUGAUCAACAAGCUUAA